GAGGACUCUCUAUCGUCGACCAUUGGUCCUCAAUUUGCCGACCAAUCAUUGGGAAAGUGCCCACGAAAAUAUCCAAUAGUUAGGAAGUGCUUGCGAUGGACCAACUCGGAGAAGGACAGGCAGUUGUCGUCGGCAGUGCCGGCGGAACUGUCCAGGUUGUGCAAAUGGGUCAAGGAGGUCAGGCAAUGAUGUUGCCACAAGCUAUACAAGUUGCAGCACCGAAUGGACAAAUACAAGUUGUUCCAGUUUCUAGUUUAACUAAUACAGGACAACAGAUCGUGAUUCAGCAGCCGCAGACACCACAAAUCAUUCAAACUCCAGAUGGGCAAACAUACAUUUAUCAACCAGUUCAAUUAGAAGGACAAGUUCAGCAAACGCAACCAACAGUAAUUAAUAUCAAUGGCAAUCUCAUGCAAAUUGCUGGAACAACGUCGCAAACGGCAACGACUGCGGCAACCACAACACCAGUGCAGCCUUUAGCAAGUCCUACAGCAACAGCUUCUCAGGCAGGAAACCUUGUCAUGAUGGUACCAGGAAACAGUGGCCAGACACAAUUUCAAAGGGUAGCAUUACCUAAUGCAGAAGUAUUUGAAGAAGAGCCUUUAUAUGUAAACGCAAAGCAAUACAGACGUAUAUUAAAACGUCGUCAAGCUCGUGCUAAGUUAGAGGCCGAAGGAAAAAUACCCAAGGAAAGACCAAAAUAUCUUCACGAAUCUCGUCAUCGACAUGCUAUGAAUAGAAUUCGUGGUGAGGGCGGGCGUUUCCAUUCUGGCCAAGUAAAGAAACGAAAGUAAGUGUCUGUUGUUGCCUUAUUACUUGAAUUGGUUUUUGUACAAUC